CUCUCUCUCUCUCGCUCUCCUGAUUUAGCCCGAGACGCAGAGGACCACGCAGGCGCCUCUCUCUCUCUCCCUCUGUCCUCUGUCUCACACCGGGAUACUGUUUCCUCUUUUACGCACAUUUGGUACCGAUUGAACUCUUUGGAUUUCGGGUGGAACUAACGAACUAUGAGAAGAAACAGAAAUCUAGCGUGACUUUAGAUACGGGAGAAAGUGGCCCCUCGCUCUGUGCCAACAGGGCAGAGCUUGGUUUUACUCAUCAGAAGCACCGGAGGGAAAAAAGGAUCGGUUCUUCUUUAUGUGGACGAGGACAUAACAGCACACAGUGAAGAUGGACCUGAAGUUGCUGUUGAUAUCCACAUUAUUAGGAGUGUUCUGUUAUAGUAGUGCACAAAAAGAGGGGAACGAGUGCAUCAGCGCCAACGCCAAGUACUGUGGAGAGUGCAUCCAGGCUGGGGCCAAGUGCGGCUGGUGUAAAGAUCCUGACUUCCUGAAACAAGGCGAAACUGUGUCAACGCGCUGUGACGAAAUCCAUUCGCUCCGAAACAAAGGAUGCAGAGAGGACAUGAUCGAGAACCCACGAGGAGACCAGAACAUCCUCAAAAACAAGGCCGUGACCAACCGGGGCAAGGGCCCAGACAAGAAGAAACUCAAACCUGAAGACAUCACACAAAUACAGCCACAGAAGAUCAACCUCCUCCUGCGCUCUGGUGAGCCCCAGUCGUUUACAUUGACGUUCAAGCGUGCGGAGGACUACCCCAUCGACCUGUACUACCUCAUGGACCUGUCCUACUCCAUGAAGGACGAUCUGGAGAAUGUUAAGAACCUGGGCACCAGCCUGAUGCUGGAGAUGUCAAAGAUCACCUCAGACUUCAGAAUAGGGUUUGGUUCGUUUGUGGAGAAAACCGUCAUGCCUUAUAUUAGCACCACACCAGCUAAAUUGCUAAAUCCAUGCACAGGAGACCAGAACUGCACUAGCCCCUUUAGCUACAAGAACGUGCUAAAGCUAACUAGCGACGGGAAGAAGUUCAACACAUUGGUGGGACAGCAGCACAUCUCGGGAAACUUGGACUCUCCAGAAGGAGGCUUUGAUGCUAUCAUGCAAGUGGCCGUGUGUGGGGACCUGAUUGGCUGGAGGAAUGUGACCCGCCUGCUGGUCUUCUCCACAGACGCCGGGUUCCAUUUUGCUGGAGAUGGUAAACUCGGCGGCAUCGUCCUCCCCAACGACGGAAAGUGUCACCUGGAGAACAACGUCUACACCAUGAGUCACUACUAUGACUACCCCUCCAUCGCUCACCUGGUGCAGAAGCUGAGCGACAACAACAUCCAAACCAUCUUCGCCGUCACAGAGGAGUUCCAGCCUGUGUACCAGGAGCUGAAAAAUUUAAUACCAAAGUCUGCAGUGGGCACCCUCUCAGCCAACUCAAGCAACGUGAUCAACCUCAUCAUAGAUGCAUACAACUCGCUCUCCUCCGAGGUGAUCCUGGAGAACAGUAAACUUCCAGAGGGAGUGACCAUCGGAUACACGGCACGCUGCAAGAACGGAGUGGUCAACGAGGGCGAGAACGGACGCAAGUGCUCCAACAUCUCCAUAGGGGACGAGGUGACAUUUAACAUCAGCAUCACGUCUAAGGGCUGUCCCAAACAAGGCAAACCUGAGACCAUAAAGAUCAAACCUCUGGGCUUCACUGAGGAGGUGGAGAUCGUCCUCAACUUCAUAUGUGAGUGUGAGUGCCACCGGGAGGGCAUCAAGAACAGCCCUCUGUGUCACCACGGCAACGGCACCUACGAGUGCGGAGCCUGCAAGUGUAACGAGGGCCGUGUGGGAAGGCAGUGUGAGUGCAGCAGUAAUGAUGUGGCCACAGAGGACAUGGACCGAACCUGCCGCAAAGACAACGGCACCGACAUCUGCUCCAACAACGGAGACUGUGUGUGUGGGACCUGUGAGUGCAAGAAGAGAGAGAACCCAGAGGAGCGCUACAGCGGGCAGUACUGUCAGUGUGACAACUUCAACUGCGACCGAUCAGGGAACAAGCUCUGUGGAGGACACGGGCGCUGUGAGUGCCGUGUGUGCAUCUGUGACCACCCCUGGACGGGCAGUGCGUGUGACUGCUCUCUGGACAACAGCACGUGUAUGGCCAGUAACAAGCAGAUCUGUAACGGCCGCGGCACCUGUGAGUGUGGCACCUGCAAAUGCACCGAUCCCAAGUUCCAGGGGCCCACGUGUGAGACCUGCCCCACCUGCCCCGGGGUCUGCACCGAGCACAAGGAGUGUGUGCAGUGCCGCACGUUUGGCACUGGUGAGAAGAAGGACACGUGUGAGAGAGACUGCAGCUACUUUAACCUGAUCAAAGUGAAGGCCCGAGACAAACUGCCCCAGCCCAAUGACGCCACCUACCCCGUCAUGCACUGUAAGGAGCGCGACGCCAACGACUGCUGGUUCUACUACACCUACGCCGUCAACAACAACACCGAGAAGGAGGUGCACGUCGUCGACACGCUCGACUGCCCGGCUGGCCCUGACAUCAUCCCCAUUGUAGCGGGCGUGGUGGCUGGCAUCGUGCUCAUCGGUCUGGCUCUGCUCCUCAUCUGGAAGCUCCUCAUGAUCAUCCACGACCGCAGAGAGUUCGCCAAGUUUGAGAAGGAGAAGAUGAACGCCAAGUGGGACACGGGUGAAAAUCCCAUCUACAAAAGUGCCGUGACAACCGUUGUCAACCCCAAAUACGAAGGAAAGUGAAAGCAUUUAAUAUGGACUUUUUCACCUCAACAACACUUCAGAUGGAAAAAAAAACAGGCAGAAUCCAUCAACUUUGUAUUUUUUUAAUUUUGUUGCUUUCCAUAUAGCAUCAAUUCACUGCGGCUAUUUCUACUAACACCAUUGAGUUAUAUGCAUUUGUCCAAUUUGCUCUGUACAAUGCGUUCUGUGUAUAUACUUUGAAGUUGAAGGUGCUUUUUCCUGCCGCAGGACUGGUAUGGGCAGAUAUUAUGAUAAUGAUUUUACAUUGUGCACACGUUGGAUGUAUGAAUAUAUAUAUUUGUGGAUUAUGGUUUUUCACAACUGUUGUGUCUGUGUUGUCAAUCACUCCUUUUUUCUCCGUGCACUGACCUUCUGUGUAUGACAAGCCGGGCCUGAGUUGAAACUAAAGCUGCAGUAGAAAUAGUAGGCUAAGGAAGUAUAGUAGGAUAGAUGGAUUCUGAAGUUAACAUUAGCAGAUUUAAUUCACAAAAUAGCUACACAGGCUAAUAAUAUGAAAUUGUGCAAAACAUUUCAAUACAGUUCACACAUGUCAUAAUUUAGUUGCAAUUCUGUUAAACUGCAACUUUAAAGAUUUACCAUGUAUCUUUUCUAGGGUCCACUGUGGAGAUGUUAUUGCUUUGCCAAGAAUGUUCCACUGUAUAGCAUGAAUCUAUCUUGCAUUUACUCCAUUACAGGUGUAUUCAUUUAAAUACCUUGAAAAACAUUCUUACUGUGAGCGGGCUCGCCUGUCCAUAGAUCUGACCUGCCACUUGGCCUGGUAGUGUCAACUCCUUGUUUUUAUGGAGAUAUGUUCAGUGCUGUGGAACAUUCCAGGCAAAGUAAUAAGUAAUCUCCAUGGACACAAGCUUGUGGCAAACCAUCCACUAGAAAAGUUACAUAGUUCAUCUUUAAUGAUUGACUUUUCUUUCUGAAAAUAGAAAUAUGGAAAGUUUACGUUGCCAAAUCGUGUCGUAUGUGAGCGUACUGUUGCCUAUGUUAAGAAUAUUAGCAAUGGGCUAAAUAUGUAGCUAAUUUAUUCAGAUAUUAUAAUUAGGCUAAUACAGGUUAGCUACCAGUGUAUGUUAUACGUAACUGAUUUCAUACUAUGCUGGAUAAAAUGAGGUUAAGAAGUACCCUUUGUACAAACAUGAUUAAGGCCUACUAUAUAAAAAGGCUAACACCGUUUUCAACUAAUGCACUAACGUUAUGUAAACUGGUGUAAUUAUUAGCUAUAACUUAUUUCCUUUUGGAUAAUAAUUGUGUUUGGGAAAUUGGAAGUACGCUAGGCUCGCUGUCAGUGACUCAGCAGCCAUUUUGAAAAGCUUAAACAAUUACAUUAACUUACUGUAUAUUUCAUCAAAAUUCCACCCACCACUACUUUCUCUUUUUUUUUUUUUAAGUAAAUUUGAACAAAAUGUAUUAAAAUUGUACUCAAAGAUUUUAAUUUUAAAGGAAGUAGUCACUAUUUUACAGUUUGUUUUAGGCCUAUUGAACUGCUCACACAAAGGGACUGUAAACCACUUGGAUGCUGAACAAUCAAUGGAGAUGUAAUAUAGGCUACUACACCCACGCUUGUUUUUGAAGUAUUAUUGUAUUUGUAAUGUGCAGUAAGACUAUGCUUCUCAGGUCCUCUUCCUGUGUUUUUUUCGCCACACCAAAAAUGUUCCUGUCAGUGAGAGUUCGUGAUUGUGAACUGUUUUAGGGCUUUGAAGAAACGCGCAUAACCUCAGAUAUGUUCCACCAGAAUGCCUUUCUUUGACCACACCCAAGCCUUCACCGAGUUGUUUUCAAAGUGCCUUUUCUUUCACCAACAUGCUCUCUCCCAAUGCUGUCAAUGGUUAUUUAUUAAAGAAACUACCAAAA